AUGUUUUUUCUUAAAAGAAAUUCUGACAGGAGAAACCCUGAAAUAGGUUUGGGGAAGAACUUGAAGCUUCAACCUAUAACUGUAGUGUUUGAUUUGAAGUAAAGAUCAUCAGUGAUGAGUCUCAUGAAUCCGAGAACAGAGAAAUUGGUGAGAAGGUUAACGAUUGUGACCACUGUUACUGCUUCCUAUUUUCUCCUAACCGCUGACUACGGUCCUCAACCCAAUGCUCUCGAUCCUAUUAAGAAGCAAAUACUUUCCGCACAGAGCACGCUGAAAGGGUAUAUUUUGGGAUCAACGAUAGAACCUCAAGAAAACCAGGUGGGCAAAUUGGACAGCAACAAGGAUCAACCAUAGAUUUAUGGGUAGUCUUGUAUAGCAACAUCAUGCUGAGUCAAAGUUUUGUUUUAGCAGCUUGAACUGAAGUGUAAUAGAAUGAUGCUAUGAAUAUAGGCUGAGGAUGAAUAAAUGAUGGAGGAUUGUCAGCACUAUCAAUAACAUGAAUAUGACCAUUUGUGUUAUUAUGGAGCAGCAUCUGUAUUGUUUCUUUGUUUUUCUUUUAUCUGAGCAACCAAAAUUGUAAUUGAGAAGGGUGUUUUGCACAUCAAUUAAAUUGAAUUAGUCAAA